GGUCGCUCCGGGGUGGCGGAGGCAGCUGGUCCCGGUCCUGCCCUGGUGCUGCAGAGGGAGCGGAACGGGGAUCGGGGAUCUGGGGUCCGGGAGCGGGGACUGCGCACCGCCUCCGGCCGGAGGCACCGACUCGAGCCGGGGAUGGCGUCUCUCGGUGUGGGGAUGCAUCUGAUCCGUAAGCGGGUAGCGGGCAGGAGCGCAGCCGUGGAGAGGAGGAACCUGCUCACGGUGUGCAGGUUUUCAGUGAAGACUCUACUGGAUCGCUCCUGUUUUGAGACAAUAGAUGACUCAUCUCCAGAGUUUAUUAACUUCGUUUCCAUCCUGGAGCAUAUCCUCAGCCAUCGACUCAAAGGUCAGACCACAUGGUUUGGUUAUGAGAGUCCUCGUAGUUUCUGGGAUUACAUAAAAGCUGCCUGCAGUAAAGUCCCUCAUAACUGUAUCCGCAGCAUCGAGAGCAUGGAAAAUGUGCGAUCAUCAAGAGCGAAGGGGAGAGCGUGGGUCCGAGUGGUCCUGAUGGAGAAACGACUGUCAGAAUACAUCUCAUCUGCACUGAGGGACUUCAAAACCACCAGGAGGUUUUUUGAGGAUGGGGCGAUCAUGCUGGGGGAAGAAGCGGGGCUGUUAGCCGACACACUCAUCGGACUCAACACCAUCGACUUCAGCUUCUGUUUGAAAGGGGAGGGUCUGGAUGGCAGCUGCCCCGCCGUCAUUGACUACACGCCUUAUCUGAAGUUCGUCCAGAAUGCAGACAGUAUCAGCAGUGAUGAGGAAGAGAUGAGGACUCUGGGGAGCAGCGGCAGUGAGAGCAGCACACCUGAUAAAACAGCCACGGCUGCCUCCAUCUUCACUGAGCAGAGCAACCUGGUCAGCAAGUGCAAACGGUUUGAGCAGAAGUAUCGCAUGGCUCUGGAACAAAAGGGUUACCUGGAAGAGCUGGUCCGUCUCCGAGAAGCCCAGCUGUCAGAGGCUGUGUCUCAUAACAAAGCUCUUCAGCAGAGCUUAGCAGACACACACCUGUCCCACACACUGGAGAAAGAGCAGCUCGAGUACAUCAUACUGGAACUACAGGACCAGCUGACAGUGCUGAAGAACAAUGAUUUGCGUUCCAGACAAGAGCUGACGACUCAUCUGACCAAUCAGUGGCCGUCUCCUGACGCCUUGGAUGCGAACGCUGUUGCCUUGGACACACUGCUGUACAGGAAGAGCACAGGACAGUGGGAGGAGAAGAGUUUCCACAGUCUGGAGCAGCUGUCAGCAGACAUGAGCCUCUCCCAGACUUCACCAGAACCAUUACACACUCAAAGUCUGGAGGCCAGGUCCGCCGGCACACAGUGGCUCCAACGAGGUCUGUUUCUCAAAGUAAGCAGGAAUAUUUCCUCCAGUUUUACAGAUAGAAUUAACCCUGUUUUUCUGUCCCCUCCAGGUAAAGAGGAGACUCCAUCUCUUCGAGGUCUGUGUGGUUCCCUGACCUCAGUAGCCAGUUACAAGUCUCUGGCCAGCUUGAAGUCUAGCGAGUAUUUGGCCAGUCCUGCGACGGAGAUCAGCAGUCCAGGUGUCACCCCUUCAUAGAGACCAGAGGUCUGGAUGCCAGAUCAGCACAGGGGCCAGAGAAUCCAGGAACCUUCUCAGUAUUGGUGAUUGAUUUAGUUGUUUUUUUUUCUAAUGUUCUGUAAUGUGGAGCUCAGCGCUUUAACAGGUGUCAGUCAGGUUUACACGCUGAUAAUCUGGUGUAGCAUGUUGAAUUGUGUUGCAACUCAGACCAGCUCCAUCAAACUGGACUGGAGUCUUUUUACGUUGAAUCCUUAUGUAUUUGAUCCAUUUGUUUUGUUGGUGUUUAUAUCUACGGAGCAUAAUUUCUCUUUUAAAUUUGGAAUAAUCAUACAACUAUACAGUGUUUGGAUGACGCUGAUGCAUUAAUAUACCUUCAAGGAUUUACAAUAAAGUACUUUUUAAAUAGACUGCAGAUCAUAUAGGAGUGCAGUAAACUAAAUAUCAUAAGCCUUGGUCAGCAUUUCCUGCAGAUGAAAAGGUUAUUUAAAAUGUUUUUUUUAAUUUAUAAUGUACCUGUCUACAAAUUUGUGCCAUCUCACAUUUUGUUCUCAGGUGUAAAUGUUCUGCCCCUUUGUCUGUUUUCAUCAGUGUUGUGAAUAAUGCAGUAUCAUUUUAAUUUUUUCUCAGGUAAUUCAGUGAUGAAUAUUCAAUUCUGAAGAUUAAUUGAACUUGGCGAGUUCCCUUUAGUCACUAAAAUGCAGUCUCACUUUGAGGGACUGUAGCUAAUAAAACAAUCACCCCAAUAAGAAUCUGUAUUAGGGAGAAAUGAGUGCAUUUACAGCUAAGGACCAUGUGAUUUCUAUUGCAGAUGACAAGCCAUGUACCUCAGCAUUGAAUUCAUGACUUUACGGUUUGUCUUUUACUUGUUCUGGCAGUUAUUUGCACAUACAGCACGUUUUAUUGGUAUUAUUUGCCUUUUCAUCUUUCAUUUUGAAUAAACUCCACUUGCUCAAAGUCA